GUGAAUUAAAAUGGCUACUAUGUAUCGGCCAUGAUGGCGUUGAAGCACAGGGAUAGUCUAACGCAAACAUGUACUCGCAGUGAAAUAAAACAAUUAUACUUAGUGCAUGAGUGUUAAGGGUGUUUUAAUAAUGAUAAUCAUUGUACAACGAUGAGACCUUGAUAAAUACCAUCGUGGUGGGUGUUGCGGGGCCUUUUGUAGGACCCCGAUACGAGCCCCACGUUGAAUAAGAAAAAAUAAAAAGAAACACAAGACGGAGGAUUGAGUGAAUCUGAUAGAGAGGGCAACAAUCUAGUGAGAGAGAAAACGAGAUUAAAAAUGUGCUGAUGUAUGUAACUGCAGACAACCAUUCCCAGAGAACUCGCAAUUAUUCUUUUUCUUCGUAAAUACGAGUGUUUUUUUUUCUUCUUCAAAUCCAGUGGUGGUUGGACACAUGGAGAGUUUAUGAGUAAAUAGCAGUGAUUUUUAUACAGGAGUUGUGUGGUGGAGAUAUUCGAGUGUUUCACCUGGUGAUAUCUUCUUGACUGAUGAGACAGUGGUUUUAAGGUUAAGUGACACAUUUCUUUUUUUAUGUAGGUUGUAAAAUGUGUUUAUUCAGUGAGAUAUUGAUUCUUGGGGACUGAAAGUUUAGUUUGUGGAACAUCUGUGAUUUUGGGGGGUUGGGAGGGUUUUUUUUUGGCAUUUUUCGUGACAGGAAGAAGUGACAAUGAGCAAACUGUCAUUCAGGGCAAGGGCCCUGGACGCCUCCAAGCCCAUGCCGAUUUAUAUGGCUGAGGAACUUCCAGAUUUACCAGAUUAUUCGGCUAUUAAUCGGGCUGUACCUCAAAUGCCUAGUGGUAUGACUAAGGAGGAAGAAUGCGAGCAUCAUCUCCAACGGGCAAUAUGCGCGGGACUGAUAAUCCCUACUCCAGAGGUCACCGACUUGACGGAUGUGGAGGCAUACGACAAGAUAUACCCGGCUGAUUAUAAAUUACCUCGACAAUUGAUUCACAUGCAGCCAUUUGCAAUGGAACAAGACAUCCCAGACUACGACAUGGACUCAGAGGAUGAGAAAUGGGUGGGAGUUCAAAGUAGAAAAAUGGAUCUCACCCCAUUGCAAUUCGAGGAGAUGAUGGACAGACUGGAGAAGAGUUCAGGACAGAAUGUUGUUACUCUAAACGAGGCUAAGGCGUUAUUAAAGGAGGACGAUGAUCUGAUAAUAGCUGUGUUCGAUUAUUGGCUGAACAAACGCCUGAAAACACAACAUCCCCUACUGCUAACUGUGAAAACUGAUCAUCGUUUGGGUUCAGCCGCCAAUAAUCCCUACUUAGCGUUCAGGCGGAUAACCGAGAAAAUGCAAACGAGAAAAAAUCGUAAAAACGAUGAGACAAGUUAUGAAAAAAUGCUCAAACUACGAAGGGAUCUCAGUAGAGCAGUUACUCUUCUCGAAUUGGUCAAGAGAAGAGAAAAAACGAAACGUGAACAUUUACAUUUGACUAUUGAAGUCUAUGAGAAGAGGUAUCAAGCGGAAGACUUCAAUGGGCAAAUACUGUCUGACGUGUCGGCAUUGAAAACGACGAGGCCAGCAUUCGCACCCCUAUUUACCAAUCAAUUCGGUGUUCACCAGAACUGGGCAAAUAAACUGUCGAACAAAGAGGAUGGCUUACCACGAAAGGAGAAACGACAGUAUAAAAAGAGAAAACACAAAGUGGAUGGUAGAGGAGGUGGACACGAUGAGAGUAAUGUACGAAUUGGUUCAGGUACUGGUAGCAGUAGGAGUACGAGGACCAGUGUGAUUGGUAGUGGGCUGGACCCGCUCGCUAGCUCGGACGAGGACAGCCCUUUUCCCCACACACAAAUGUCCAUGUCAUCGGAUCGCGAUGAAGAUGAUAACACGGAAGAGGGUCCCUUUGCCUUUCGUCGAAAUCGAUAUUCCACUUACCUUCCACCUGUAUCAAAUGGUUUUGGCAACUGGCCGUGGUGUGAGAAAAGCGAGGGCGGGGGAGCCAAUAAAAAAUACAGAUUUGCACUGACCAGCAUUAGUAAACCUAGUCCAAGGUGUAUAGGCCUUGCCAGGCGGAGGCUAGGUCGCGGAGGAAGAGUUAUCCUAGAUCGCUAUUCUAGCAGUAUGGAUGACAUAUGGUCAUCGUUAGAUUUUACAAUUCACGAGUCCCAACAGGCUUCACCAGUGGAUCCUUUAGUAACAGCAGUUGGUACAACAACCACUAUAAAAAAGGAGCUAUUACACUUUCGACCGAAAAGCCCAGAGUGUGAUUAUCAACAUGGUGGCGGUGUGGUGAACUCAUUAAUAAUGACAAGUAGCAGUACCGAAGAAUCAGAGGGUGAGUUGGAGCCAGAUCCACGCACAACACCUCAAGUAUAUCAAAUACCCCAAGAAGCCACCUCCAUAUGCGUUGACUUUGAGCCAGAGAGACCUGGUGAGGAGUCACCAUUCACUACCGAAUUCAAUGUAUCCGAUUAUUUCAACGUCGAUCCAUUAUCAGAAUUCGAUCUCGGUGUUUCAUCAUCGAUAAACGACGAUCAGUAUCAAUUCGGCAGUUCGCGCUUCCACGUGAGCCAAUUGACAGACAAUGUUAUAUCAUGUCGUGGUAAUCAGUGCAGUGUUAGUGAAACUGUAAAUACUAAUGUCCCAAUAGUGACUACAACAUGUUCACCAUCAUUAUCGAUAUUAUCAUCGUCAGUAUCCUCAGCAAUAUCGCCAUCCAUCACUACCUCAAUUGCCAAUCCUUCCACAUCAACGAUUAUAUCAUCAGUCAUAAAUAGUACACAUCAGUUUGUCGACAAUGGUAAUUAUCAGCAAUAUAAAAAUCAACAGAGACAAUCGUUAUCACGCAGUGGUAAUUCAUCUGUAUUGAAUAAAUCAGUGGUUACCGGAGGGGGUAGGAAUAGUAAUGUGGACAUCACUGGGAUGACGAACUUUGGUAAUGGACAUCAGAAUGGUCCGUCCAGUCAUUUACAUGGGACUAGUGUUGUUCUCCAGAAUAGUAGUGGUUAUAGUGGACAUAGUCAAUCGGCGUUAUUGUUACCACAGAAACAUCCACCCACUGGGUUGAUACCUGGAUUCAUCGCGCCCAGCAAAUUGGCCAGUCUUGCUAGACAACAGCAGCAUCAGGUACAGCAAUCUGGACCCAUUCAAGGACAACAGUUGACCACGUCUAAGGACAUUACGCUUAAUAGUAAUAAUAGUGAGGGAAUGGAUAUGGAAGUAGAUGGUGUUGAAGGAUCAUCCUGUGAUACAAAUUCACAGCAGCAGCAACUAGUGCGAACUAAUAAGACAAAUUCACUCGCAAUGGAAGUGACAUGAUGCCUGUUGUUAAAACCCCCAUCAAAUAUUUCACGUUAUAACUGGGGGCUUCGCUUAUCAAUUUCACCACAAUUGGAAAUAAGGGGCAAGGAAAAUUAUUUUCCAAUGACUCUCCAACAAUCUCUCAUUCGUCAUUUUUUUAAUCUGUGAAUAAGGAAACAGAAUGAUCAUCGAGUUGACAAAGUGCGGGCUACGCUUAUUUUCUAUUGAUUAUGUGAAAUAUAUACUGAAUGAACAAAAAUUAUUCCCUUGGGUAAACAACAAUUGGAUCCAACUACAUUCUUCUAUGAAACUAAAGGAUAAUCUCUUUAUUUCAAAUUAAAUUUCAUUGUAAAAAUAACCAUUACCUGUUCACGACGAUGUGUGAUAGUCAAAUGUAGUUAAAAAUUUUCAGAGAGAAUUACCAAUGGUUUGAAUCCCUCGAACAUUCUUUCAAGUAAAUUUAACAUUGAGUAAAAACCAUUGCUCAAUCUAUUGAGAAAUUGUGCGACGUACAGAGAUGCAGGGAAUUUUCAUGAUAAAAAAUAAAUAAAAAUGUACCUUCAUGUCCAUCGCAAUGCACUAAUUUAUAAAUUUGAGAUAAAACCCCAAAAGGAAUGAGAUUUUUUAUUUAUUUUUUUUACAAUAUACCAAAUUUAAUUUUUGUUCAGCUUAAAGUACUCGCUCUUGGAAGUAUUAACUGAUUUAGUCAACACUUUUUUUUUCAGUCUUAUGUUUACGAAUGGUAAAAUAGUGAAACGAAAUAUAAAAAUUGGAGGAGAACCCGUAACUUUCAUUGAAACAGUUGAUUAAAAAAAAUGAAUAGACAAUUUCUAUGAUGACCAUAUAACACUGAAUGAUUCUGCAGUGAGGAAAAUGUAAAAAUGAAUGGAUAGGAACGUCGAUGAAGGUAGGGAUGGAUGAAUAGAUAUAUUCAUUUGAACGAUUUCAACUAAACAUAUAAA